AUGAAGUUGAACCCAAGUAAAUGCACAUUUGGUGUAUCCUCCGGCCGAUUCUUGGGAUACUUAGUCACACAACGAGGUAUCGAGGCACACCCACGUCAGAUCAAAGCUAUUCUAGAGAUGAAGUCGCCUUCCACAGUGAAGGAAAUACAAAGUCUGACGGGCAGAGCAGCGGCCCUCAACCGGUUCCUCUCAAGAUCAACCGACAAGUGCAAACCAUUCUUUAAAGCUUUGAAGAAAGGACAAAGAGACAAAUGGGAUGAGGAGUGCGAAGUAGCUUUCCAGAGUCUCAAGGCUUAUCUCACUUCACCUCCCUUGCUUUCAAAGCCAGUCCCUGGUGAGGACUUGUUCGUGUACCUGGCAGUGUCCAACUCAGCUGUCAGCUCAGCUCUCAUCAGAGAAGAGCUGGGGGCCCAACAUCCGUUUUCCGCAAGAAAGCUACGACCCUACUACCAAGCUCAUCGAGUCAUCGUCAUGACCGACUUUCCUUUGAGAUCAAUCCUUCAUAGCCCUGAUGCUUCUCAGCGACUCAUGAAGUGGGCUAUAGAGCUAAGCCAAUAUGACCUCCUCUACCGGCCAAAAGCUGCAAUAAAAGCCCAGGCUUUAGCUGACUUCGUAGCAGAGUUCACCCCAUCGGCCGAAGAAGAGAAAAUGGUCAACGAAAAGAAGGAAAGUUCAAAAGCAGACGGGACCUCCGCUGAACCUAGCCAACCUAGAGACAUGUGGCAGUUGCGGGUAGACGGAGCGUCAAACCAAAAAGGAGCUGGAGCGGGUGUCGUCAUCAUCACCCCGGAUGGAACCUUGUUGGAGCAAGCUAUCACGCUUGGCUUCCCGGCCUCGAACAAUGAGGCAGAAUACGAGGCACUGCUUGCCGGCCUGCGCUUGGCAAAGGAACUCGCAAUCAAGAAGCUAGCCAUCUACUCAGAUUCCCAGCUGAUCACGAAUCAAGCGUCAGGUGAAUACAUGGCGAAGCACCCAAGGAUGAUCUUGUACCUUGACAAAGUCCAGGAGUUGUUGAAGGCGUUUCCUACCUUCACCAUCCAACAAGUACCCCGGGCAGAGAACGCGUAUGCAGACGCACUAGCCAGCCUAGGGUCAGCACUGGAUGCCUAG